CAAUCCGGCCGGCCGUUUCUUUCCCCUCAUGGAAGGAGCCCCCCAGGCCGGUUCAGGGAGCUUACCGCUGACCUGCGCCCCCCCUCCUCCUCCUCCUGAGGUUCCGGUGCUUUUUAUUCUCCUGCCUUGAGUGUGGUACUAGAGGGUGUCUGUCUCCCGCUUCACCGACAUCUUCAUGCCGGUAGGAGUCUUCUCUCUGUACGGUACUGCUAUCUCGACCUAGAGGUACGGGUGAGCGGCUGCUGUCAAGUUGGAUCAAGUAGAGACUCUCAAAACAAUGGCCCCCCAGCCGGAAAAUAUGGAGGCGAGACUUGAGCCUUGUGCCUCGACAGCCUCGUUCUUUCUCUACACCCAGGGCUCGGUCAUUCUAUGCCUCCACCAUGAUACCCUCGCCAUUGAACGUCGCUUUGAACGGCACCAGGAGAAAAUCGCCUUCAUUGCGGUUGAUAAUGUGACCGAAAGAGGCUCGGGGAGGCUUGUUAUCAGCUAUGAUGUUGGCCAGACCGCUAUAGUGUGGGAUCUGUUCACCGGCACGGAGGUGGCGUGCUUCACCACGCUAGAACCUUUGACUGUCGCCGCAUGGAUGCGGAAUGGUAAUAUCGCCUUCGGUAACUGCAAGGGCGAUAUUAUCCUGUUUGAACCGGCAAGUUCGGAGCAUAUGUCGGUUCGCACCACGGAUGAUCCCAUCACUGCACUGGCGCCAGGAUCUGAUUGCCGCACAUACGCUAUUGGAUAUCAGAGUGGAUCAAUCCUCCUUGCAACGCUGCAACCCACGUUCACCGUCUUACACACCAUUACAUCUUAUAAAGCCCCCUCACCAAUUAUAUCCCUGACAUGGCAUGCAUCCUCAUCCAAGCAAAAGUCCGACAUGCUCGCCACGCAGGCUUUGAAUGGAGAUCUGCGGGUAUGGAGCGUGGCUAAACCACCCAGCCAGGAACCUCCAAGGGCCAUUCGCAUCCUGAAACGAUCCGAUUUGACCAAUGACUCGCCAAAAUGGAUCUCAUGGUCCAAGAACGGCAAAAUUAUUCAAUAUCUAAAUAAAGAAACAUGGUCCUGGGACGUCCGCACAAAGCACGUCUCUUAUGAACCCAUCCCUACCGUCGAAGGCAUCACAGGCAUCGCCUGUUACGGUCCAGGCGCUACGUUAUUUACCCUUGGCCCGCAGUACACUGUGCAACAGUACGAUUUGGAAAAUCCGGCUCUAGUUGCCAAUGUCCAGCAUCUUCCUCCAGGACUUCAGGCACAACCAUCACCAGUUCCAGAAUUGCACGUCUCAGAACCAACGGUUCCCGAACCGGCAGCUCUUGAACCUACAGCUCUCGAAUCGACGGUUCUGGAACCAAAGGCCUUCGAACCGAAGGCUCUGGAACAAAAAUCAUUGAAGCCGUCUCCAGACCUUCCAGAACCAAGUCCUUCGGGCAGACAGUCCCCCGCCUUUUCGCACAUGUCGGAGGCAGCCCGUCAUCAGCUUCCGUUGCGCAGUCCAUACUCGGUCAAAAGUCACGUUAAUUCCCUCAUCCACAACUCCAAGGCGUCUGUUCGAUCCCGAAACAACCCGUACUCCCCUAUCUCUCGGUCUGGGCAGAGCGGUACUACCUUCUCCACCCUCUCCCGUAACGAUAGAAACACGAUUCAACAAACAACUACCUCCAUCGCCUAUGCAUCCUCUAUAUCAGGAUCCUCAUCAUCCAUGAAGAGCCCCUAUGGCCCGUCUCGGUUGCGGAAUGAGGUUCAUUUCUCUCCCGUUGUAGAUCAUCAUCAGGAGAUAGACCUUUUUCCUUACACGCGCGCUCGGCUUAUCGAUGUCCCUUAUAGGCAACAUUGGCCCAUGGAUGAAACGAAUCUCACGCCGGACAACCUGCGGCAACAGAUGCUGGGCGUAGUCUUUGGGUGGGACGGCGACAUUGAGGAUUUGAUCAGAAAUGAAUUGAGCCACCACCCCAAGGGCAGUCAGAGUGCCAUCCUCCUGGCGUGCUGGCUGGGAGAAUCGGAUACAAAUCAGAUGGUCAGCAUGCUUGGCCCCGGGCCUGUGACGGUUUCGGACUGGAUGCUUCUUGCUCUCAGCCAGAUGACCGGUCAAACUCAGGCCAACAAAGUUGGACAGGCAUUUGUCCAAAAGCUGCUGGAGGCCGGCAAUGUACAUGUCUCAGCUACGGUCCUGCUAGGUCUGGGAGAUCGAAACGACGCUAUUGAGGUCUAUGUCUCGCAGAACUACUUCCUCGAGGCUAUCCUGCUGACGUGCCUGGUGACGCCCACGGACUGGUUGCGACAGUCCCACCUGGUGCGCCGAUGGGGUGAGCAUGUUGUGUCAGACUCUCAGCAGCAGUUAGCAAUCCGCUGCUUCAUGUGUACUGGGGUCGAGCCGUCGGAGCCAUGGACCUCUCCGUCGGCCCAGCAGGCGACCACUUCAUUCGCAGAUCUGAUAGGUGGGGUAUCUCCUCUGGCGUCUCCGGAACCACCAUUUCCUCCUGUGCAACUGUUGACUGUACCGUCCUCUGAGCGGGAUGUGGUUGGUCCUUCGAUGAAGGGACCCUCGCUGAAAUUGAUCACCUCAUUUGGAUCCCAAAAUCGAAACCAGUUUCGGUUUCCCGGUCUCAAGUCCGAGGACCGCACGCCCACCAACCUGCCCUGGGUGACACCCAUUGCGGAGUCGGUUGUUGGAGAUUUUGGCAUGUCUCCAGCCGACUUGGGGGCAUACCGGGCGACAGGGGGGAGGUCGGGUACAAGUACGCCAGUCUUCAUGCGACGACGCCUGGCCUCAAUUGGUGAGACCCCAGUCGACGUGAGCCCUCCCCCCUUUCCCCAAUUGGCCGACAAGAAAAAGGUCCAAGAGAGUGAAGACUUGAAGCAGCAGAGCAAAGGAGAACCAUUGACCCUGUUGACAUCUGCGCGAUAUGAGCCGGGGAAAGAAGCGGGCUACCGACCCAGUCCUCAGACAGCUGUCCAAGCUACUUCCAACAAAUUUUCUUCCAUCAAGGGACUGCCCAGCCCGACAGCUGGCAUUUUUGAUGCGCUCAAGAACCGACCGUCUAGUCGAAACUCCUCCAGUGACCGCAAACCGGAAGGGCUGCAUAUUCGUUUGCCCGGAUCUAAUCGUUCUUCAAGCUCGAGCAUCAACCUGAAACCGUCCGCGGAAAAAGGAGAAGAGAUCGAAGUCUAUGUGGAUGGGCGGAGUCCAGCAUCAUCAGCACUGAAUACAGGAUCCACACUGAAUAGCGGCUAUCGAUCAAACAAGAGCCCAAUGGUGGUCAGCGGCCGGAGCACUGAUCAAUAUAUCAGCAGUCUCGACGAAGCAUACUACCAUCAAAAGAAAUAUCAGGAACAUCGCCGGCUCCGGUCCCGGGGGCGGUACAACGCUGAAGAUGCGGCUAGACGAACUCACAGUCAGGAGUCCCGUAAUCGCAGGCACCACCAACCCCCACCUUCUGCUAAAUACUCUUCAUGCUCCUCGGCACAAAUGUCCCCAGUGGAUUCGGUAGGGGGCCAGACCAAGACAGAUCGUUCCAUCAAGUCCCGCGCACGGAGCAGAAGCAGCAAGGGUAAGGGUCGUAGCUCUCGGACCCGCACUCCAUCUACUCGUCGAUACCGUUCUACCAGUCGAGCCCCUGACCAUCUUGAGGUAGAAACCCUAGAGCGGGGGCGGAGUCGAAAUCGGGACGGCUCCAAUGCGCGAUCCCCAUCCUCGCCACUGCCCCUGUCCGCUCUGCGGCAAGAGGCUACUAUCCUCCCUCCUACAGAGCAGCUAGGCAGCGCGUUUCGGUUGGUGGCUAGCGAUCGGGAACGACUACGGUCUCGCCCACGGAGCCGCAGUCACCGUCCAGACAAGAGAACAGGCCGGUCUCCCGGUGGCAGCAGAGCCAGCUCCCGGAGCCGUCGGGUUCGGGAACUAGACGAGCCCUCGGAGCCCGAACGGAACGGAACAGCGAAGCCGGAUGGCAUCAAUAACAAUAGCGACGAGCCUACGGAGAAGCCCUUAGCCUCGUCUGACGAUGAGGCCCACCAUGUGGCCGCGGCGGCCACAGCUGCCCCCAUCAAGCUUUUGAAUAUAGCGGGUCAGCGACGGAAGGAGCUGGCAGCCGCAGAACUGGAAGCACGUCGGCUUUCACUAACGCGAAACCCGUCAGCGCCGAAUAUCCCAUUCCCUGGGCAACUGCAAUCGUCUUCCGGGAAAAGUGCUGCGGAUCUGCCCACUCUGGUUGGGUCAGCAAAGGGCCGGCUGCCGCUGAGGAAGAGCUCGCCCGAGUACCUGAGUGGUUCGGAAUCUUCACACUCCCCUCGUUCGACCAACGGGGCUGCUGUUGGUCUCCCCGCUACGCCUCGAGCGAUGCGGACUGCAAAAAAUGAGGAGGAGGCGCCCUCAUUUCCUCCAACGAUGCCGAUGUCGGCAACCUUUGAAUCCACGCUGGCGGCCAACACCAUUCCUCCAGACCGGAUCCCCCGCUCCAUGUCUGUUCCAAUGAUUGAAGUCCAGGCAUCGCCGAGAAAACCCUUGGAACUUCCGCCGUACCACCCGCAUUACAACCCAAAUUUCCCUCGGAGCCGGUCUGCUAGCCGGGGCGCAGGUGACAGCCGGCCCCAUGUCACUUCUACCACCGUGACGGUUGGCAUUGGGGAACGGAUGAGCGGCGAAAUCAGCCCGCCUCUCCUGCCCGAGCUGCAGCAUUUGAAGAUGCCGCCGCCACCGCCGGCCCUGCACUCAGCGGCCGAUUCUCGUGCUUUUAUGGGUGAUGGCAUCUUGCCUCCCGGCUCUGAAGCGGGUAUGAUUGAGAUGACCAUGGACAACGAGCACAUGGCGUCUGGGUUCCCACGGGCGAUAACGGCCAGCCCCGCGAUGGUCAUCGACGGGAGGCGCACAUCAUUUGAGAAUAAUAACACCCACCGGCGUGGGAAGAGCAUCAACGAGACGCUCAGCUAUAAGUUUCGCACCUUGACAGACCGCAUGCGUACGAACACCAACACGGGCGCCCGCCCACAGGGGACCAAGUCUCCGGAGCCUGAGCAGAUGUCGUUUGAGAGUGUUCCCCAGAUGAUCGAGAGUAGGUAUUAAGCCUACACUUUUUUUUCUCUUCUCUUCAUUUUGAUGUGUCUUUGCUUUCAUGAGUAUUUGAUCACACCCAAUAUCUAACCUAUAUACCCGCCCCCUUGUUUUAUUUUCUGUGUCUAUUUUGUUUAUCUAAACUGUAUAUUCCAGCGCCAAGCCAGCGACCAUGUUUCCCUUUGUUUCCUUGACUUUUAUUUCUACAAAUUGCAUUGUAACUACUAUGUAAUAUGAACCAGUAUAAGUUUCUGUAUGAGAAGGUACCUAGUAUUAGUAUUCAAUUCUUCAC